CGGGCCAGGCCCCGCCUCACCCCGCCCGGCGCCGGACUUCAGGCCGCAGUCACCGCGUCCCUCCGAGCCCAGAGCCGCCGUCCGCCCUCCCGCCGCUACCAGCGCCGCCCGCCGAACAAGAUGGGAAAUGAAGCAAGUUAUCCGUUGGAAAUGUGCUCACACUUUGAUGCUGAUGAAAUUAAAAGGCUAGGGAAGAGAUUCAAGAAGCUUGAUUUGGACAAUUCUGGUUCUCUGAGUGUGGAAGAGUUCAUGUCGUUGCCUGAGUUACAACAGAACCCUUUAGUACAGCGAGUAAUAGACAUAUUUGACACCGACGGGAAUGGAGAAGUAGACUUUAAAGAAUUCAUUGAGGGAGUCUCUCAGUUCAGUGUCAAAGGAGAUAAGGAACAGAAGUUGAGGUUUGCUUUCCGUAUCUAUGACAUGGAUAAAGAUGGCUAUAUUUCCAAUGGGGAACUCUUCCAGGUGUUGAAGAUGAUGGUGGGGAACAAUCUGAAAGAUACACAGUUACAGCAAAUUGUAGACAAAACCAUAAUAAAUGCAGACAAGGAUGGAGAUGGAAGAAUAUCCUUUGAAGAAUUUUGUGCUGUUGUAGGUGGCCUAGAUAUCCACAAAAAGAUGGUGGUAGAUGUGUGACUCUUUGAUGAGUACACCCAACACUUCUGCUUUCUUCUCCAUCUCUGAAGAUCUGCUCAAGAUGUCCAGCAAUGCUCUCUGUGUAUUUAAAUGGAAGUAUUUUUCUCUGUGAAGCCACAUUUUCCAACAUGAGCCUCAUGAAGCCAACUAAGUGUUAUUGAACGCCUGCUCUCUCAAUAAUUCAGUGUAGCACUUUAAAGUUUGAAGGACAGCAGCAUGAAAAGAGCAUAUCCAUAUGGUGGAGAAAGGGAAGGGGUUGGCUUUUUAAUUUAUUUUUCUUCAUCUUUUAUAACAAGAAAGUAUCUAUAUAUACAUAUGUAAAUAUUUAUAUAUAGAUAUAUGUAGCUUUCUAUAUAUUUAGUAGGUUGGCUUUAAUUUAAUGUACUUGAUUGAGAAACAAAAUGUUAGAGUACAAAAGUGCCAAGCAGAAUAUAAGACAUCCUUACUUUUAUCUCACACAGUUUUAUAUGUAGAUAGAAGAGUGUACAAUUUGCGCCAGGUGUUAGGCCAGCUGUUUUCCUUUCUCUGUGCUUUCUCCCUUGAGAGAUUGGUAAAGCAUUUGUUAAUGCCCUGUUAUUUACCUUAAUUCCAUUUUUGUAACAGUAGUCUGUAACUUUCUAUCUUUGAAUCUAUUUCCAGGGACUUACUACUUAAUGUCUCUGCUGAGCAGCUUUUUAAUCCAUCUCUGCUGGAGGUCUAGUUCACUGCUAUUGCCAAGAGCUGGUUCUUGUGUGGAUAGUAACUGCAGAGUGCUAUGGCUGCUUCAUGCUAGUACUUUCUAAGCAGCAGCUCUUUUUUAUUAAAUGUCCCUGAGUAAUUAAUUUAGCAAUUGUGAUUUUAUAAAGGUCAGAAGAUAUCUGAGGCAGUUAGGAUUUCUUCUUUGUAUUACCUAGUGAAGAAUACCCAAAGUAAUCAUGUAAUAGCUUAGAAUAUCCUUGUUUCAUUAUAUAUGAGUCAAAUACUUUGUCACUAAACUGGGUGAACCAUGGGGUUCCCUUCUGUGUUUUGAAAGACUCGGUGUUAUCUGAAAAAUUAGUGAUAAUUAGCAUGUAUUUUGCCUAAAAACCCACGUUGUGAUUUAAAUGGAAAAAUCCUGCUAAUCCUAUACGCCACUGGAGAGAUCUUACCCAAAUUUAUACUUUAAAAUUUUCUUUGCCACAAAGCCUAGAGACAACAUGAGUUCUUUUGUUUUGCUCACAUAAUUGGUAAUGGAUGCUGACUUACUGUUUGUGUGACAUAAAAGUAUAUCAUGAUUUUAUUCCUUCCCUUUUCUGCAAAGGUACUCUUGGGUGGAAGUAAAACAUUCUGGUUAGUUUUAUAUGGCACUCUUCCCUAUAGAGUUUAUCUAUAAAAAGUGGUUUAUAAUAUGAAUAGUAAAGGGCAGGUUCAGUCAUGGCGAGUGAAUAUUAAGUUGAGCAUCCUACCUGCCAUCGCUGUUCCUUCAACUGAGUGCUGCACAUCAUGGGCUCUGUCUGUGAGAGAAAAAUCCCGGUGCUUGGUGUCUUUGCAUGACAUGGAGUUUUGCAUGUAGCUCAAUUUAAAAUGUACCUCUUGUUUACAUAAUUUGCAUAAUCUAAAAAGAUGACGUUGCCAAACUUUGGAAAUGUUAAUAUUCAAAAUGAAAUGAAAAUCUCCACUACAUGUAACUUUCUUCCUCUGGAUCAGUACAUGGCUCACAAUUCCAGCCAGUGGUUUGAUCUGUUCCAGUGUCAACUGCCAUGUGCUCUGCUUCAAGAGGGAACUAGUCUUUUGUGAAUUUUUUUUUUUGUACAUAAUUGUUACAAAUAUUUUAGCAAAUGCUUUCUAUAUCUCUUGCUUUUGCAUAUCUUGGCUGGCGUAAUGGAAAAAAAUAGUGCAAACUAUUUCCUUACUGGGAAAUGAGGGUUUUCCUUUUUUAGAUUGUGUGAGGGAGGGUUGGGGAGGGCAUGGUUUAUGUUGAAUGUUUAAAUUUUCUUCUGCAUGAUACAUGUCAUGUUGUGAAAUCUUUAGAAAACUUCAUACUGUAUGAGUAAGAAAAUAAAAUAUUUAAAACUUG